GGUGCCACAAGGUGUCCCACGCAGUGAUGGGUGUUCAGCCGCCAUGGAAGCGAUCCCAUUCAAUGUGCACUGAGCAAGGCACUCAUGUCAUAGAUACUGGGGAUGGUGUCCUCAUUGUUCCCCAGCCCUGCCACCGCUGCUGGCUCCUUUGGGGCAGCCGCCCUCCACAGUGUUCUCAGACAGGUCAGGGAGCACAUUGAGCAAAGCACUAAUCUCAUAGACAUCAGGGACAGUGUCCUCAUUGUUCCCCACUGCCACCGCUGGCUGCCUGGGGCAGCCGCCCUCCACCAUGGACUUGGACAGGUCAGGGAGAGCAUAGAGCAAGGCAGACAAAUCAUAGGCACUAGGGAUGGUGUCCUCAUUGUCUGCCUGCCCUGCCACUGCUGUUGGCACCUUGCGGUAGCUGCCCUCCACCACGUUCUCAGACCCAUCAGGGAGAGCACUGAGCAAGGCACUCAUAUCGUAGAUGUUGGGGAUGUUGUCCUCAUUGUUCCCCAGCCCUGCCACUGCUGCUGGCUCCUUGGGGAGCUGCUGGACCUGGGCAGGCUCAGCGGAGGCCGGCAGCCCCGGGACAGAGGGCAGCACACAGGCACGCACAGGAGGCAGCAUGGCCGGAGCGGUGAAGCUCACGCCGGGCACCUCCGAUGCCAGGGGCAGCUGGAGAGGGAGCCUCUCUGUUGGGAGAAGCAGAGAGGUGAUGGGGUGAGAGCUGGGCAGGCAGAGCCGGCUGGGGAUUACCUGGAGGGCAGGAGCCCCAGGAGGAGCGGGAGCUGCUGCUGUACCUGCCAUGGCUGUGGGUCAGUGUUGGUUGGGUGGGGGCCAGCUGCCCCCUCCCUCGGGUUCCACCCCAACGUUCCACCAGUCCUGGCUGCUUCAGCAGCCUCGCAGGGCUUUGGUUUGCCAGACACAGCAACUGCCCCUCACAAUGCCUUCCUGCCCUGCUGAUGGUUUCCUGUCCUGAACAGUGGUUUCCCAUGCCCAUGAUGGUUUCCCAUCCCAGCUGUGGUUUUUGGGGACGUGUAUUUCGUGUCCAAGGGGAAGGGA